UUGUGUUGUGACGUGUCAGAGAGCGCUAAGCAGCUGUUCUCUGUGUACAUACAUGUGCAGUGUGCACGCUAGCAACACAACGCUCCACACACUGACAGGAAUAAAACACUCUCGAGCUGCUGCUGCUGCGCGCAUAUAUAAUAUAGCUCCGAAUCCCAUAGGGCUGCAAAACUAGUUCGAAAUUCCAAUCACGUUGUAGCCUUUAGAUAUAUAUAUAAAGUGAGUGAGCAACGCGACGAUGCGACUGUUCGCUGAGCCGGCUGCCAGAGCUCGUCUCAAAUAUUGCGCUCUGUUUUUCCUCGUCCUGCUGCUGAACGCCGGCUGCUGCCUCGGAGCGACUGCUAACCUCGAGACUGUCAGCGACGAUGAGCUUCUCAAUCUCAUUAAGACGGAAAAGUUCGUCGUCACCCUCUUCACCAAACAAAACUGUGAGCAGUGUGAACAGUUUGAGAACCAUCUGUUGGGGAUUAGAGAGGAUUUGGUAGACUCUAUGUCAGCAUGGGUUGUCAAAGUUGUCAACAGUCAAAUGCUCAGACUCUAUGCACCUGGAAAGGAACCUGCGGUAGUCUUUUUCAGACAGGGCAUUCCUCUUUUAUAUGAUGGCCCUAUCAAUGAAGAUGAGAUGUUUCAAACUUUCUCUGAAAAUAAAGAACCAGUGGUCAAAGAGCUAACUGAUGAUACUUUUGAGCAUUUAACUCAAGCAAGCACAGGAGCCACUACAGGUGACUGGUUUGUCAUGUUUUACAGUACAGAUUGCAUUGAUUGCCAAAGAUUAGGUGCUCGAUGGGAAGCAGUUGGAGCUAAAUUGAAGAGAAGAAUGAAUGUAGCUCGCAUUAACAAAUAUACUUCUGGUGCUGUAACUACUCGACGAUUUGGAGUUCUCGAAGUGCCACAAUUUAUUUUAUUUAGACAAGGUAAAAUGUACCGUUAUCAAAUUCCAAAAUAUGAUGUCAAAUCAUUUGUGUCAUUUGCCAAUGAUUGGUACAAAAAUGCUCAAGCUGAAAAAGUUCCAGUUCCUCAAAGCCCAUUUGAUGAUCUAGUUCAAUUAUCAGUCAAUUUUCUCAAAGAAAAUCCCUGGGUAGUUAAACUUGGUAGUAUGGUUGUAGGUGUAAUGGUAGUAGUGUCAGGAAUAGUGAAGCUUAGAAAAAAGACUGAGAUUCAACAAAAAAUGGAUUAAGAAGUUAUUUUUUUUUUUGCUAGUGUUGUACAUAUGUGUAAACUAAAAAGUAGAGCAAACGUACACUUCCAUGAAAUUGACAUUUGUUUUAUAUAUUUUAUACAUAAUGAAUAAAGUUGGUUAUCUAGAAUCUAGAAUAACUAAAAGAC